UUUCCACUGGAUUAUUACUUUGAAACCAUAAAAAGUACUCAUUCAUAUAAAAUAUAACAGUUAACAGUUAAAAUUACUGUCCAAAAAACUACCGAGAAACAGACAAAAGUGUUCUAAAUUAUGUAUAUUGCUUAAAAUCUUAGUUGCGUUCAAAUAUUUCGUUUGGUUAUUCAUAAAUGAAUUCCGAGCCCCUAAAUCCACGCCUCUGUUCGAUUCUAAUACCAGAGUUAGUUCGUUAUAACUCGCUGUUCCUAAGAAGAGCUAAAGCCGGUGUUGAGAGUGGGGAUAGUCACGCCACAAACUUGGCAAAUGAUAGCAAGGUCCAAUGUUUUAGCGUGUAUGGUGUGAUGAAAAUACCGUACGCUCUACGCUGCGCAAAGGGGAAUUGCACGCAAUUUUCUAGACAGUACACGGUCUAGGUCAACUCAUUAAACCCUAAACUUGCAACUACCACGUGGUUUAUGUGUAAUAAUUUUUACCGAUACAAAUCCAACUCGCGACGACGGCGUGACAUUGUAGUAAUUUGACCUAUAUAUAAAUUACUUUAGCAAUUGAGUACCGGCAGUAAUCUGUCGAUUGUUGAUAUUUGUGUUUAUCCCAGUAUUAGCGGUUGUUAAGCAACAAUCGAAUUUACGAUUAAUUGUGCUAUUAAACUUCGGUAGUGAAAACGAAUAAUUCAAUCGGAUAGGUUAUCCGAUAUGGCACCAAAUACAAAUCUACCUACGGGAGUUCUCCACGAACAUGACGACGAAGUCCAAGCGCGAAUGAUUCCGCCGGAAAUCGUUAAACCGAGUGAGAGAAAAGUGGAAUUGGUUUGGAGAAAUAUCAUACUAUUUAUAUAUCUUCAUCUGGUAGCACUUUACGGGCUUUACCUCAUUUUUACGUCUGCUAAGAUACUAACAACAAUAACGAAUGUUUUAUUUUACAUCGCGUCUGGUCUUGGGAUAACAGCUGGAGCACAUAGGUUAUGGUCGCAUCGCGCUUACCAAGCCAAAUGGCCGCUAAGACUCAUACUUACCAUCUUCAACACUAUCGCCUUUCAAAACUCGGUUAUCGAAUGGGCCCGAGAUCACAGAGUACAUCACAAAUUUUGUGAAACCGACGCAGAUCCGCACAACGUGAAAAGAGGUUUCUUCUUCUCUCACGUCGGUUGGCUUUUAUGUCGCAAACAUCCGGAGGUUAAGAGCAAGGGCAAAGGAAUCGACAUGUCGGAUUUGGAAUCGGAUCCGAUUUUGGCGUUCCAAGAUAAAUAUUAUCUGAUUUUGAUGCCUGUGUUGUGCUUCUUGUUACCCACAUUGAUUCCAAUGUACUUUUGGGACGAAAGCUUCGUUACAUCCUAUUCGGUCAAUAUUUUCCGGUUCGUUUUCACUUUAAACGCCACUUGGUUGGUCAACUCAGCCGCGCAUAUGUUUGGACAAAAGCCGUAUGACAAAUUUAUCACUUCAACAGAACACGCUACGGUUUCCGUUCUCGCUUUGGGCGAAGGAUGGCACAACUACCAUCACACGUUCCCCUGGGACUACAAGGCAUCCGAACUGGGAAAGUACUGUUCAAAUUUUUCUGUCGCGUUUAUUGAUUUCUUCGCCAAAAUCGGUUGGGCGUACGAUUUGAGAACCGUAUCUCCGGAAAUGAUCAAGAAAAGAGUUUUACGUACAGGUGACGGUUCUCACGAAAUUUGGGGAUGGGGAGACAAAGACCAAAGCAAAGAGGAUUACGAAGACGCCACAAUAAUGUACAGGAAACAACAAUAGAAGAUUAAAAUAAUUUUUAGGGGACGUGGAUUGUACUUUCGACCAACUAUUUCAUAAUAAUCCAAAAGAAAAAAAUCAAUUAAAUAUUGUCUGCAAUGAAAUUUUCGUAUUUGGUACAAAUUAACAAACUGGUUCGAGGAAAAUUGGAUUUAAUUGAUGUUUGAUAACUAGAAAAUAUAAAUAUUUAUUUUUAGGGUUAGAAUUACUAACUGUGAAUGUGUGAAACACAAAUUAUAUCAAAUUUCAAUUUAUUUUCAACAAAUUCAAAAUAGUUUGUUUCGAAAAUAAUGCAAUUAUCAUAUUGUCAAACAUAUAUGAAUAGUUUGCGUGUUGUACACUAUAUUUUUCCGACGACCUGUACGAGAUACUUGAAGCGAAAUGCACAACAUUCUAUCCUAGUCGUAUUUCGAACAGAUCGUCAUAAAGUAAAUUUUUAACUAAUGUCAUAUGUAUUAUAAACAUUAAAUAAUUUUUGUAUAGAGACUGUUUUCCAGAAUAUUGAUUUGAAUCUCUGAAUAAAUCAAAUUUCGUUAAGAACAAAAAUUGCCAAUGCCAAUUAUUUAACAGAUAUUUUAUAGUUGUGGUAACAGUUUUCCUCAGAUAUCUAUUAAAGUAUUGUCUAGAGUAGUCCAAAUAUAUCGGGGCCGGUUCUAGCCAUUGGGGGGUCUUUGACAAGCUCCUGGGACGCACCCCUCUUCUUAGCAUUACUCAAAAGUUGCAAAAAGUACAAAAAACUCUUUCGAGUUGAAGCCCUCAGGGUCCGAGUGGCCCCUGAUUAAGAUCAGUCACUUCUCAUACAUUUCAUCGUCCUCGUUGAAAAAGACAUACAAUCACAGAUACGUCUUCGUAUCUGUUGAAAACUAAAACGCCAAUUUCACAUUGAAAUUUCCGGAAAAUCUCCUGCAGCAUCUCAAGAAAACGAUAAUGAAGGUCAAAGUUUCGAAACCGCGCGCCAAAAACAAUAUUUCUGUCUUUCCGUUGGUCACGUGUUGUAGACGUCACACGGUAGUUAAAUGAUUUUAUAUAACCACAACAAAAUGGCGGGGAUGAAGUUAAAAUGGAAUUCUGGGAUAGUUAUUACGGUGGAAUAAUAUUUGUCUGGCAUUUUUAUUACUUUCUACUCAUUUGGUUACGUCAAUUGUUUAUUAAUUUUAUCUCAAAGUUGAAGAGGUGUUGGAAAUAUUCUCUCUUAACUUUUUCGUUAUCAGAUUUCGUUGAAAAAUUUCAUUUUUUCAUUCAACUCCUCAUGGAACCUGUAUUUUAAUGGGCUAUUCAUAAUUUAAUGACUUAUUGAUAUGAAUCAUGAAAAAAUCAAUCACUACAUUUGUUAUUGUAAUGAAAAAUUCCGUUAAAUAUAUUGUAAAUUACAUUAGCUAUAAAUUUUUCAAACUUAUAAACAAUUCGCUAUAAAUUUCCAAUUAAUAUUUUUCAAGAAUAAACUUGUUUGUUUCACUAGUGUAUUCUGUAGAAAUAUUCGUCUUUUGUUUUCUAUUCAUCAUCUAAAUAUCUUCUUAUUAUCAAAUUCAGCCAAUUUUUCUUGCAAUUUGUUUUUAUUAUUUGCAUUAAUUUACCCCAAAUUUUCUGUCGGAACUAUUCACUUAUUUAUUUAUCACCCUUUUCAAUUCUCUUCACUUUUUUAAUAUCUUUGGAUCCCAUAUCCUAUUUUCAUCAAUAAUUUACAAUUCAUAUAUAUAAAUCCCAAAAGUUCUAGAAUAAUGAAGAAACGAAACAAAUGUUAUUCAAAAGAAACAAUGUAAAUAAACCGCUUGCUAUAUAAACAGACAUAAAAACGAAGAUCAAACGAAUUCCGGGUAUUUCUCAAAAGCGACGCCUUCGCCGAAUUUUAGAUUUCCAUUAUAUCCGAGCAGGGCCGACUCCAAAGCGUUUUUGUCAUAAAUAUUAUCAAAUCUGGAGACAAAAAUUAUUCUUGAAGUGAAUUUAAUUUUGAAUUAAUAAUUUUUUUGAACCCAGUUGGCCAAGUUUAGAGUAUAUAGUGUUGCCCAAAAAUCCUGCACGUCAAAAUUGAUAUUUUUUUAUACAAAAAAUUCUUUUUAUUAGAAAAAAAUUAUUUAUUUUAAUAUGUGUCCGGAUUUUUCAAUUCAAGUCUCAAAUUAAUUUUUUCAAUAAAACUUUUUUGUACCAUCUAUUAUUUUACUAUAAACAGUAUACGUUUAGAAAUAGAUUUUGCAGGGGUGGAUUGUUGUAUAUUCCGUUACUAUUUUUUGAGAUCUAAUCCGGUUCUCUAAAUCUCCAGCUGUACACGUCUCGUAUAUUAGAUAUAUGUUAUUUUGUUCACUCUCUUUAUUUCUAUUGCCAAACGUGAUUUGAUUUCAAGACACUUGUCUCGUAUAUCCUUUUAUAUUGAAUUUACUCCACCUACUUCAAUUUUUUUCGCUUUAUUUUCUCGUUCUACCUGAUAAUUCUCAUGAUCAUUAUACUUUUGGUAUUUUAAUUUCGUUUAAACGACUAGAUAUCGACUAUGUGAUCUAAUUUCACCGAUAUUUUCUUGUUACCACGAUCAGCAAAAUAUCUGGAGGAAAUUUUAGGCUCCAUUAUGAACUCAAUGGAAUGUAACUGCUGUUAAUGUUAAAAAAAUAGCAUUAUUAUUAGUUUUAUAGUUAAUUUACCAAAUGAACUUGUGAAUCUUCAUUAUGAAUGUAUUCCAUAAACGUGAUAUUCAAUUUAAUUUAGAUUAUAGAUUCCAAUAAGCGUCGAUGUUAUUUUAAUAAAUUCUUAUUUAAAAAAAAAAACGGUAGUAUAAUUUCAGUU